AUGAGUAGCAUUGUAAACAAAAGUGGAACCCGUUUUGCCCCGAAGAUUAAACAGCGUAGAGCCGUUGUGGCAGCGGUGGAAAAGGGCCCCGUGUCGGCCAGCAAUGAAGUGGGAAAAGAACGACAAAUUGAUGAAUCGAAAACCACCAACGACUCGCAAUCGUCAGGAACUACGCGUCAGUCGCAAAAUGAGGUUGAUAUAUCUGAAGAGAUGGAUCCGUUGAGCCAGAGUACGCAAAAAGUUCCAGACAACGACGCAACAGCGUCUCAAAACUCCUCGUCCAUCGACCAGAGACGGAGGUCUAGUAGGCUGGAUUCGUUAAGUAACGCCAGUGCGAUGUUCAAAAGCGGAUUUAUGGAGCCUCAAACGAGUUCUGGAGCCCCAAGAGACUCCGCGAAGAAUCGCAGGUUGUCCACAAUCAACGGAUCACAAGGGCAGAACAGAAAGAAGCAAAUGAGCAGCAUUUCGGAAUCGGACUCGUCAUUUCAAGCCAUCAAAAAGAGACGUAUGUCGUCAAGAUCUUCCAUAUCUCGUAAAACGGGGUCUGCUCAGCGAAUUAGCAUUUUAUCACAGCCUAACAAUUCGAACGAUCAUGCUUCGUCUGUCACGGACAAUGAAGGCUUAAAGAGAGAGGGUGCAGACGAUCUUUUUCAGCGAACUGAUAGGCUGUACGAAAAAUACACGAUUUCCAAUGCCGCAGAAAUACCGAAAAAUAUUGCAGAUGGCGAUUCCUCCCGUUACUUGCUGGACGAAGAUAACUUCACAAUUGCAGACUUGUGCAAACCCAAUUUACCGAUAGGAGAGACUUCAGACAAUUUCCAGCGAGCCCAGGACGCUCUGAAAGCAAAGCAAGAGAAUAGGCUCAAACGAAGAGCUAUGCGGCUCAAAGCGCGUGAGCACUUCAAGCCGCUUAAUGAGCUCAACAAAGAAGACGCUGAAAAGCUGCUGGAAGAUCGUAAAAAAGCUGCAGAAGAAAUAAUGAAUGCCGAAAUCCCGGAGCCUGACAGAGGACACAACGCAAUCCAGCUCCGGAUGAAUCAGGACGGUACUUUUGCGGUGGAUGAAGAAUCCACCGUUGUUGACCGGCACAAGAGGGCCACGUUAGAGCACGCUCACAAGCUGCGAAUGGACGAAAACCCCUUCGCAAAUUUGUUCAACUCUGCUACGUACGGGCGUCAGCAAUACACAGAUCCAUGGACAAUCGAUGAGCUUCUUCGAUUUUAUAAGGCGCUUUCGAUGUGGGGGACAGAUUUCAACCUGAUUGCGCAGAUGUUUCCUUACCGAACUAGACGUCAAAUUAAAGCGAAAUUUGUUAAUGAGGAAAAGAAAAACCCGGCGAUGAUUGAGCUUGCGUUGCGCUCUAAACUUCCACCAGAUUUCGACCACUACUGUACAGAGAUCAGGAAAGAGCUGGUCUCUCUAGAAGAUUUCAAUCAAAAGUUUCAGAAUCUCCAAAAGGACCACGAAAAACAUUUACUGGAAAUUGAGGUUUCGAAACAAAGUGCCAAGGAGGAAGACCUGCAGACGCAAAAGGUCAAGGAGAUGGACAACAUUCACAAGAAGACGUCAGGAGGACUAAGACGGGAUCAACUAAACGCUUACAGAAAAACAGAAGUUGUGCUAGGGACAAUUGAUCAGAUGAAAAGACAGAGGACACUGGAGCCUGGAGAGGUAGCGGACUCUUGA